CCACCAGGGCGGCUGAGGCUCUUGGACCCUGCAGUCUGUCUGUCUGUCCUGCAGCACCCGCUGGAUGAAUCCCUGGUCCCCAGGGGCAGGAGGGGACCCUGCAAUCAGCAGUGAUCCCUGAACCCCAACCCUGUGUCCCAAACCCCAGCCCCGAGCCACAAACCCCAGCCCUAAACCCCAGAUCCCAACCCUAAGCCCCAAAUCCCAGCCCUGAGCCUCAAACCCCAGCCUUGAACCCCAAAUCCCAGCCCUGAGCCCUAAAUCCCAGCCCUGUGUCCCCAAACCCAGCCCUGAACCCCAAACUCCAGCCCUGAACCCCAGCCCCUGAGCCCUGAACCCCCCCCCAGCCCUAGCUCAGGAGGGUCCACGCACCCCGGGGAGGGUUUGGGUGGAUGAGGAGCGCUCAGGACUGAAUGACACCAAAAGCCUCCUGGGGAGGGGACAGUCAGUCAGGGCCACCCCCCACAGACACCCCCCACGCCCCGCCCCGACGCCCCGGGGAUGGAUGAGGCCGCGUCAGCCGGAUGCAGGUGCAUGGACCACGCACCAUCGCCCGCCCCGGGGGUUUGUAGACAACCCCCUCGCCACCGCCCCAGCACUUUUGGGGCGGGAUGCGGCCGGUGCUGGUGCUGUGGCUGGUCCUGGGCCUGCUGGCAGGGACGGGGGCCGAGGAGAUGUGCGGGGGUCCCCCCGCCCCGUCCCGCUCCAUCCCCGCGCCCCGGCUCAGCCCCGAGGAGCAGCUCUCGCCCCACAUGCCCGAAGCCCUGCGCUGUGAUGCCUGCCAAGCCAUCGCCUUCCAGAUCGAGGAGCAGCUGCGCAGGGCAGAGGGGAAGGUGGGCAGGAAGGCGCUGAGUGAGUCCGACUACACGGAGGUGCUGGAGAGGAGCUGCUCGCAGGGCUGGGAGAGCUACGGGUUGCAGGAGCUGGACGGGGAGAAGCGGCUGGUGGGGCCAGGGCUGCUGGCACAGGAGUCCAUGACAGUGAUGGUGACAGGGGGACCGUGGCCGGGCAGGCUCUCCAAGAUGUGCCACAGCUCCGUGGGCGAGCAGGGAGAGGCACAGAUCUACCGGGCGCACCGGCGGGGCCCGGCGGCGCUGCGGGAGCUGCUGUGCCACGGCGAGAAGGGGCCCUGCCCCGACGGCAAGGCUGGGGGGCCAGCCCCCCACAAGGCCACGCAGAACGAGCUGUAGCCCCGGCGCAGUUAAUGCUUAAUGCCCCAGCGACCUUCGGAGCCGACUUCGUCCCCAGCGGGAGCCAACACGUGCCGGGAGCUGGGCACCUUCCCGCUGCCACCCGUCGCUGCUGUCCCUCCACACCCAGCCGGGGCCGGUGCUGGCGGCAGCUGCUGCUGUCCAGCUCCACCGGACCCCCUGCAAACCGGGAAUUACUCUGUAACCCUCCGGUUCUAAUGUUUUACCAACCUGGUGCUGGCGGCGGGAGCGCCCCGGCCCCGCCGGCCGUGCCAGCCCUAAUUAAAGGAGUUAAUGGCU